AUGAAACGAGCACCACAGAUGCUCCAACUUUUUCACAAGGGAGAUAGGGUGGAAGUCCUCAAAAGAGAUUACUCCUACAACAAAGAUGGAGUUUUCGUUUGGUUUCCAGGAAUAGUGCUCCAGCCAUCCUCCACCAGGUGCACCAACCGACCGAAGAACCACAUCUAUGUAGAGUUCAAGACCCUUAGAACAAUAGCCAUUGCAGUCCAAGAUGAGGAUAAGGAUGAUGAUGAUGAUCAUAACCGGACCCCUCUGCUGAGAGAAUUCGUGGACCUUGUGAUUAUUCAUGAUCAUGAUAAUGAUGAUAGAGGGAAAAGUGCCAUUGUGGAGGAAGUAGAGCAGUGGGGACUUAGGGUUGUUAGGGAUUGGGAUGACGGGUUUUGGGUACCAUCCCUUGAGCUUCAGAAACCCUCACCCGAUUCAGAUACCCUUUCGCAAAGUGUCAAGUUGAGGAUGAAGUACCACCAAAAGUCAUCUUACCCAAAGUUUCACAAGUGGAUGUCAGUGGAGGUCAAAAGUGAUGAAGAAGGUUUCCAGGGAUCAUGGUUGAGCAUUUUGAACCUUUUUACACUAGUGGAUGCUUGGAAUAAUGAUGGUUGGUGGGUGGGUCAUAUAUCCAAAGUUAAAGAUGGCUUCAAGUACAAGGUUUUUUUCGAGAAUACAAAUGAGGAAAUUGAUUUUGAACAUGUCCAAUUGAGGCCUCAUCAGGAUUGGAUCAAGGACAAAUGGGUUGCAGCUCCUAAUGUGGUUGAUUUACAGAGGAGUUCAGUUAAAAUGGGGAUAAAGCCUAGAGACUUGAAGCUCAAGAUAAAAUGUAGUAGAAAUAUAGAAGAGGAGAAGUUCAACAAGGGGAUGAUGGUGGAGGUCAAGAGUGAUGAACAAGGAUACCAUGGUUCUUGGUAUACUACAGCCAUUGCCUACCCCAUUGCAGAUGACAGGUUUUUGGUUGAAUAUCAAACAUUGAGAACAGAUGAUGAAUCUGAACCCCUUUUAGAUGUGGCUAAAAGUUCUUACAUCAGGCCUUGUCCACCUCAUAUUCAAAAGCUUGACAGUUAUAAAUUGCUUGAAAAAGUUGAUGCAUGGUAUAAUGAUGGAUGGUGGGUUGGCCUUGUUAGCAAAGUUCUUAGAAACUUAAAGUAUGUAGUUUAUUUCUGGACCUCAAAUGAGGAAAUCAAAUUUGGUCAUUAUGAUUUGCGGCCUCAUCAAGAAUGGACUGGGGAAAAAUGGAUCACAGCUUUCAGGAUGCUGAAGAAGUCCAAGUUACUAAAAUCCAAGCUUGGAAAGUUGAGGGGACAAAUUGGUGGAGUGGAAUUGGCUCCGCGUUUUUGCAAUGGGAUGAAGGUAGAGUUUAAAAGAGAUGAAGUAGAGUACAUGGGUUCUUGGUAUCCUGCAGCUAUUGUUAAACCCAUAGGAAAUGGAAAGUAUUUAGUGGAAUAUCAAACUCUGAAGACUGAUGAUGAAAUUGAACGUCUCAAAGAAGAAGCUGAUGCUUUAUGCAUAAGGCCAUGCCCCCCAAUUGUCUAG